AGCUUCAGCCGCCGGCCGCCGGAGACCGCCACCGGCGACGACAUGGACCACGGCCGGAAGCACGUCAACCCCAGCCCCUACCUCGGUGCCAACCCCGUCUCCAAGCUCCUGUACUGGUGGAUGAAAGACCUGUUUCUCGUGGGACUACGCGAUGAUCUGCGACAAGAUGAUCUGUACAACCCACUGCCCCGAGAUCUCUCGGACAAGCUGGGUGACAAAAUGGAAAGCAUAUGGAGUGAGAAGAAGCUCAGCAGCGGACACAGGUCUGGCUUUCUCGUGAAGACAAUCGUGAAGAUGUUCGGCUGGGAGUACAUGAAGUGCGGCAUCCUGCUCUUGAUUGUCUCCUGUGUCAUCAGGGUGUCGCAGCCCCUGCUGCUGGCGAGUCUGAUCCACCACUUCACCCCCGGGGCAGCCACCUCGAGGACCACGGCGCUGGUCCACGCCGGCUGCCUGCUGGCCACCGCCUUCUGCUCCACGCUGCUCUACAACCACGCCAACAGACUCAGCAUGGACCUGGGCAUGCGGGUCCGCGUGGCCUGCUGCUCCCUCGUCUACAGGAAGGUGCUGCGGCUGAGCCAGAGGGCGACCGGCAUGACGACCACGGGCCAGGUCGUGAACCUCAUGUCCAACGACGUGAACCGCUUCGACCGGCUGCCCUUGCUGCUGCACUACCUGUGGAUCCUGCCCGUGCAGACGGUCGUCAUCACGCACCUCAUGUGGCGCUCCGUCGGCGCGGCGGCGCUCGUCGGCGUGGGCACGCUCUUCGCGCAGACCGUCCCGGUGCAAGGAUACGUCAGUAGAAUCAUUUCAAAACUAAGGAUGAAGAUUGCAACCAGAACAGAUGAAAGAGUGAAACUUAUGAACGAGAUCAUUAGUGGCAUUCAAGUAAUUAAGAUGUAUGCGUGGGAAAAGCCUUUUGAGAAAAUGGUCUCAUAUGUACGCAGGCGAGAAAUCAGCAUGGUCAGGAAAGCUGCCUACCUGCGCAGUAUGUUCUUCGCUGCCAUAGUAUUCUCUGAAAGGAUCACUCUCUUCGUAACACUUGUAUCAUACGUCCUCAUGGGUAACCGCAUCACUCCCGAUGUAGUAUUUUCUUUGGCACAGUUCUUCAGCAUCUUAGAAAUGACAAUGGCAAUUUUGUACCCUCAAGCGGUUCAACUAUCUGCUGAGGCAAGAGUUUCAAUAAAAAGGAUAGAGGCGUUCCUGGCGCUGGAGGAGAUCGCCGACGGGCCGGAGGAGGAGGAGAAGGAGAAGGAGAAGGAGAAGGAGAAGGAGGAGGUGAAGAGGAAAGUGGGCGUGAAGAUGGUGAACGCGUGCGCCAAGUGGACCCCCGACCCCAUCGUGGACACCCUGCACGGCCUCACCGCGGAGCUCGAGCCAGGGAGGUUCUGCGCCGUCAUUGGGCCCGUGGGGUCCGGCAAGAGCUCCUUGCUGCAAGCCAUGCUGGGGGAGCUGCCCCUGUCCAGCGGCUCUCUGGAGGUCGGCGGGGAGAUGUCGUACGCCUCGCAGGAGCCGUGGUUGUUCGUGGGCUCGGUGCGCAGCAACAUCCUGUUCGGCCAGCCCUACGAGCCCAGGAGGUACCAGGAGGUGGUGAGGGUGUGUGCCCUGCAGAGGGACCUGGAGCUGUUCCCGCACGGCGACAAGACCAUCGUGGGCGAGCGGGGCGUGUCCCUCAGCGGGGGCCAGAGGGCGAGGAUCAACCUGGCCAGGUGCGUGUACCGCGAGGCGGACGUGUACCUCCUGGACGACCCGCUGUCGGCCGUGGACAGCCACGUGAGCAAGCACCUGCUGGAGGAGUGCAUCCGGGGCCGCCUGGCCGCCAAGACGCGCGUGCUGGCCACGCACCAGCUCCAGCACGUCAGGGACGCCGACCUCGUCGUCGUCCUCAACAACGGUAGAAUCGAGGACCAGGGCACGUACAACGAGCUGCUGGCCAGGAAGGUGAACUUCUCGAGUCUGCUGACCAAGCAGGAGGCGGAGAAGGUGGCGCCGACAGAGAGCGUGGCCGCUCUCCUCAGGAGGAAGGUUUCCGUGGACUCCAUCCAGAGCAACUACGAGGAGGAGGAGGACAGCGAGGACGAGGGGUCGACGGACGAGGGGGAGCUGCUCUCCAAGGGCCGCAUGAAGGCGUCGGUGAUACGGGAGUACUUCAAGGCCGGCGGGUCAUCGCUGGCGCUGUUCGGCUUGGCGCUGUCCCUCCUGUCCGGCCAGGCGGCCUCCAGCGGCGCCGACUACUGGGUCACUUUCUGGACGAACCAGGAGCAGCUACGACAGAGCCUGACGACGCGCGACAACCAGACCGCGCGCGAGGGUUUGGGCCCGGGGGAGACCGGCGUGGUGUUCUCCCAGGAGGUCGCCAUGUGCAUCUACGGCGCGCUCAUCGCCGGCACAGUCGUCUUCACCUUGUUCCGCACCGUGUUCUUCUUCAAGGUGUGCAUGUCGGCGUCCAUCAACCUGCACGACUCCAUGUUCGGCUGCAUGCUCAGGGGCGCCAUGCGGUUCUUCGACACCAACCCCUCCGGCAGAGUUCUCAACAGAUUUUCCAAAGACAUGGGAACAAUCGACGAACUGAUACCAGCGUUCAUUUUCGAAGCUGUGCAGAUCUUCCUGACGAUGGCCGGGAUCCUGGCGAUGGUGGCGUACGUGAACUACCUCCUCAUCAUCCCCAUGGCGUGCGUCGCGCCCUUGUACUACCUGCUGAGCCGCGUGUACCUGGCCACGGCCCAGGGCAUCAAGAGGCUGGAGGGCGCAACUCGCAGUCCCGUGUUCUCACACGUGUCAGCAUCUUUCAAUGGCCUGGCGACGAUCAGGUGCUCAAGGGCGCAACAAAUGUUGAAGAAGGAGUUUGAUUCUCACCAGGACCUGCACACCUCCGCCUGGCACUUGACCAUUGCAACCAUGAUGGCGUACGGCAUGUGGCUGGACUUCGUCAGCAACAUGUUCGUGGGAGCGGUCAUGUUCAGCUUCUUGAUGUUCGAGUCAGAGUACUUCGGGGCGAACGUGGGCCUCGCCAUCUCGCAGGCCAUGAUGCUGACCGGGAUGCUGCAGUACGGCAUCAGGCAGGUCACCGAGGUGCUGAACCAGAUGACGGCGGUGGAGAGAGUGAUCGAGUACGCCAAGAUCGAGAAGGAGACAGGCAUCGACUCGGGACGUAAGCCACCAGCGACCUGGCCAUUCAAAGGUGCGAUAGAGUUUGAUCACGUUAACCUGUCAUACUCCGUCAGCGAUCCACCAGUACUUCACGACUUGUGUUUCAAAAUUAAUGGUGCUGAGAAGGUUGGAAUAGUUGGUCGCACAGGAGCUGGAAAAUCCUCUCUCAUCUCUGCUCUGUUCCGACUCGCUAAGAUUGAAGGCUCCAUCAAGAUCGAUAACUUGAACACGGAUACAAUCGACUUGUACAACCUGAGAAGUCGCAUAUCCAUCAUCCCUCAGGAACCUGUGCUGUUCUCCUCGUCCCUUCGCAACAAUCUGGACCCUUUCCACAACUACGAGGACAGCGCGCUGUGGAGCGCCUUGGAGGAGGUGGAGCUGAAGGCGGGCGUGGAGUCGCUGGACCUGUACGUCAACUCCGGCGGCAGCAACUUCAGCGCCGGCCAGCGGCAGCUGAUCUGCCUCGCGCGCGCCAUCGUGCGCGACAACCAGGUGCUGGUCAUGGAUGAGGCGACCGCCAACGUGGACCCGCAGACGGAUGCGAUGAUCCAGAAGACAAUACGGAGGAAGUUCAGGAGCUGCACAGUGCUCACUAUCGCCCACAGACUCAACACUAUCAUAGACUCCGACAGGGUGUUGGUGAUGGACGCCGGUACUGUAGUUGAGUUUGACCAUCCAUACAUUCUACUGCAGAAUACUGAAGGUCAUUUUCACAAAAUGGUCAGAGAGACCGGUGAAUCCAUGUUUGAGUAUCUUUCUAAAGCAGCAGAGCAGGCAUACAGAUCCCAACGCGUGAACGACGAUGGGUUAGAUUUCGCGACGUCAGAAAACUCUGCAAGUCAAAUAACUGCAAAAGAGAAUUCACUUCGUCCAUCGUAACACUCAGACGAAGAAUGAUAAUUUUCUUUUUUAGUUCGGCGAAACCACCUGAUCGUCACAUUAAAGUGUCAGCAAACGACUGAGCAGAAACAAAGUUAGAAGGCUAGCCAUCAUUAGCGUGUAGCUGCUUGCUUGUAGCCAGAAAACCAUGACUCGAAAUAUCUGUAGGAAAUUCGUUAGUCGUGCUACAAUUUUCAACGCUCGACAAGUUCAAAAGAGCAAUUGAGCAAAUAAGUUAAGUACAACAAAUAAGCUCCAAAUAAAAAUUUGAUUCUAUUGUAUUGUGCAAAAAAUUUUAUCUUAGAAAAUUAUAAUUUACAAAGUGAUUAUUUAAUUGGAAUUUUGUAUUAAAUAAAUAUAUAAUUAGCUCUUCGUGAUUAAGAUCAUAUUGUAAACCAUCUGACGUUAAUCAUAAAAGGGUAAGAUUAUAUUUUACUUCCAGUAUAAAUUUUAUUUUUAUUUUUCAGUACUACAAGGUAUAAAUGCAAGACUUAACGGAAAAAGAAAAUAUUUUUGAAGUAAUAAAUGUGAUAGUUAACAAUUUACAUAAAAAUCGCUUAAGUGUACAGCUAGAAACAUCGAAAUUACCCAAAUGAAGCUAGGCGGUGCAGUGUUAAGACCGUGAAUGGUCGAUGUAGGGUUGUCUGAAAAGUUUCCGACCUCAGCAUGAAGAUGGCAGCACUCAUCAACAAAAAUUGGGGAAUGUGUUUGCUCAUGCUUUAAAAUAUACACUUUGAAAUUUCAGCAAUUUUGGACGCGCAGUUAUUUUUUGACAAUCGUUUGCGUGAGUUUUACGAAGUUGAUGGUCUCCUCAUUCGAGAAAAAUAUCUGUCCUCCGAGCGCAACGUUUAGCUUAUAGAACAAAAAAAAAUGUCAGCUGGGUCUAGAUCUGGUUAGUAAGGGUGGUCAAGCAGUUCAAACCGCAAUUCGUAGAUUUUCGCCAUAGCAACCACUGAGGUGUGAGCUGGUGCAAUGUCUUUGUGAGACAAAAAUUUUUGUGCUUGCAAAUUUGACCUUUUAUUGCCAUUUCUGCCUUCAGCUUGUCAAGCAAUAAUGCGUAGUAUUCUCCUGUCAUGGUUUUUUUUUCCCCCUUUUCCAAGACUAUUCCAUGACUAUCAUAGAAAACAGUCACCACCACUUUCCCGGCCAAAGGAAGUCUGUUUUUUUUUUUUUUUAAACUGAUUACCCCUUCAUAGUUCUUUGUGUCACAAAAGUUCAUCGUCACCCAAACUGGUACGGUCAUGUUUGAAUUCAGCUGCUCAAAAUAUCACUGUGGUAAAUUAUUGUGCAGAGUCCCAGUACACAACGUCCAUAUCAUCUUUAAUUUAGCGUAGGUGUAUUGUCUUUCAAAUCAAGUAUUCAGUGAUAGCUCGAUACUCAAAAUUUACAUUUUCACAAAAUAAUGUGCAUCGACUCACGCAAAAAAAAUUGAUAAAAAAUUAACGUUAAAAUGGCCGAAAUGUCAGAGAGUUAAUUCCAAAGCACGAUAAAAUAUAACCCCAAUUUUUGUUGAUGAGUGUUUCCAUCUUCAUAUUCAGAUGAGAGAGUUUUCGGACAACCCUCACUUGGGGUCUUCAAUGUUCUUGCUGUCAUCUAUAAUUUAUGCCCAAAUAAAUUAACCUGUUGAAAAUCUGCAGGUGAUAUUAUUUGUUACAAAGUAAUUUCAAUAACUUAUAGCUAAAUUGUAUUUACUUAUUUCCUACAUGCACUAUUUAAUUGCCACUGGUAUUAUUUUAAAAAUGUGUUAUUGAAAACAAUAAAAUAUUAAAAGUCAAAAAUUAUGUACUUAUACUAAGCUGCUGAUAUGAUAAAUUUUGUAUUUUAAUAGUAUUUUAGAAUAAAUUACAGAAAACAUGACUUUCAAAA